UAGCUGUUUCUAGGACUCCUGCAAUACUGUAUUGCUUCUAGGUCUUACCUUUGGAUCAGCCAGUGUCCAGUCCAGUGAGUCAUAGUUCGUUUCUAGCUUCUAGUGUCCUUGCGACAGGACACUACACCCUUUCUCUGUUCGUUGCUAUCCCCUCUAAGAGAGCUUCGUCUUCACGAAUUCUGGCUAUUGCUUCGAUCUGGCUUUGACUAAGAUCGCCUUUCCUAUAGAUGCGCAUCGAGGAAAUACGUAGUCGGUGUUUUUUUUUACUGUAGCUUACGUGAUACGUAUGGGAAGGUUCUAGUUUCAGUGGUGCGUAGAUUGGCCGAAAUCCUUACAAGCUAAAUGUUAUAAUUUUUGGUAGACACGCGACCAUUAGAUAGACAGGCGACCAUUAGAUAGAGAGGCAACAAUUGGAUAGACAGUUGAUCUGUAGAUAGGCAGGCGAUCGAAGCCGAGCUUACUGGGACGAAUCUUCUGACGCCGCGACGCAAUGGCCUCGUUCGAGAUGACCGAUAUGAAGAAGAUCGGUAUUGGAUUGACUGCGUUUGGCGUGCUGUUCUCGUUCCUGGGAGUCAUCUUCUUCUUCGAUAAAGGGCUAUUGGCCAUGGGUAAUAUCUUGUUCCUCGCCGGUGUGACCCUCACAAUCGGCCUGCAAUCCACAAUUUCCUUCUUCACCAGGCGAAGAAACAGGAAGGGCUCGGCGUUUUUCCUUUCUGGGUUGGUCCUGGUUGUGAUCGGGUGGCCAAUGGUUGGCAUGGCAAUCCAAGCAUAUGGCUUCGUGCUUCUGUUCAGUGGCUUUCUGCCCACGCUUCUUGUCUUCAUGCAACGGAUUCCCGUGCUUGGAUGGCUGCUAGAUCAACCAUACAUGCGCCAGUUCCUGGGAAGAUUUCGGGAUCACCUGCCUCCGUAGAUUGCUUCACAUUAGCUACUUGUAGAACCCUUCAGCCUCUGGUUAUGUAUGGACGCUGCUGCUCAAGCAAGCAACUACCUUCAGAGCAAUUUCCAGCAGUGUGAUCCUGCCUAGGUCACCGCCAGCUAUGACUGGCUUAUAGAAGCACAUGAGGAGAACAUCCAUAGGGUUUUAUAUGCCAGAAUGGGCUGGAUGCGUUUGCUUGCACGAAGCAAGGCACAAAUACAGACAAGAAGCUACUGCUGGUAGUAUAUGAUAUUAGUAACGUGCUUCUGGUACCC